AUGAAAGAUACAUCAGGCUUCCCUUGGACAUCAGAAGAUGUUCAGCAGUGCCAUCAGCAUAGAGCUGCAGGAAUCAGUGGGAUCCAGCCAACCCCAAUCCCAGGGUCUUAUCCUGUACGAGAUUUCCUUGAAGAAGCUCAGUUGAACCCAGUGAAAGCAACCUAUAAUUUUAAAAGUGAAGGGAGAAAGAGAGCGUCCAUCUAUGAGCAGCUACCUGAUUUGACCUUGCCAAAUACUUUCAUGUACUAUCCUCCUUCAUUUGUGGAACUGGCAGAGAAAAGACCGGCUACUUAUUCCUUUAAGAGUACUUCAAGGCAAAGCAACUAUCCAGUCAGUGGAGAUAAGAAUAUAAACACUGAUCCUGGACAGUAUGAUCUUUUCCCUCGUCCAGUCCCUACUUUUCCUACUAAGAGUUAUAUGUUUCGAUCUGCAGUUCAAAGACAUCCCAUUUUUCCUCUGAAACACGGUCCAGGCCCAGGGGAUUAUGAAAUAAAGGAUGUCCAACCAGUUCCAAUACGAUCGUCCUUCAUAUCAAAAGUACCACGAAUAUUGCCAGCCCACACGAAAGUUCCUGGUCCAGGAUAUUAUUGGCCUACCAAGCAGGCACCAAGACAGCCUAGAACUAUUGCCAGCCUUGGACGGGAGCAUACCAUUUUCUUUAGCAACGUUCCUGAAUUUUAGAAUACAAAGAUCACGUCGUUCUGAAACCUUCAUUAAGACAAGCUUGCUAAUUUUUAUUCCUCUUCAUUUUAAAUUAUGUUGUUAAUCUAUGCAAAUGCAUUGUUUGUUUCGUUUUCUAGCAUCCUAGGUUGUUUUUGGUUUUAAAUCAUGACAUGGCUUGUAACUGUGGUUAAAUCAUGGCAUAUCCUGUGAUUGAAUAUUUUGUAAUUUGCCAGAACUUAAAUCAUUCAGAGGCAGCAGUAUUUGCUAGAUGCACGGUCGGCAUUGGAAGAGAAAGAGAAUAGAGAUGACUUAAGUUAUCCAAAAGGAUCAGCCUUCUCAUCUUUUUCCUGAUAAGGAUAGUUUGGUGCCAGCAUAUCUAAAUGCCAGACCUUUCUAUUUUUCAUUCAACCUUCUCAGAUUGCCCGGGUGUUAUCUAUGAUCAAUGAAUAGCUUAUUUCAAAAUAAUGACAUUGUAAUCAAUAGCAUCCGCUGGUCUCUUUGCAGAGUUUCAGACUUCGUAAAAAUAAUUUAUACCCACC